AACCCUUUAUAGAUCGAGUGACUCGAGUCGAGUUGCGUGUACAGGAAAGUAAACGAUAACAAAUGUCGUACAUUUGCAAGAGGCUUAUAACUCCCCCUUUUCUUCAUCAAUUCAAACCUCCUAGUCACGAGUGGAGCAAUUUAUAUGUCCGCAACAACCUCAAUACCUCGUCCCAGAAUAGACACAAGUUGUUUUAUACGUGUAAUAACAGCUUUGGGCAGCGUCGAAUGAGCAUGAUUGAGUCAGCUACAACUCGCGUGUCUACGGACAGGGAUGACGUGGAACAACGACAACAAAGUGUCGGAGCUCUUGAGCAAGAAGCUCUUGUUGCCGACGGGUUGACUCGGUUGAACUCGAAUCCACUCGAAGCCACUCUCAAUCAUCUGAGCAAGUGGCUUAUGGUAGCACUCUUUUCUCUAGUCCUCAUUUUGAGGCAUGAUGCAAAAGCAAUUUGGAUUACAAUGGGUGCCAUCCUAAAUGUUGGCCUCUCCAUCACCCUAAAGAAGAUACUAAACCAGGAGCGACCUUCAUCAGCCUCAAAAUCGGACCCUGGGAUGCCAUCCUCGCACGCACAGUCGAUAUUCUACAUUGUCUUUGUAGUGAUUCUGUCAAUGAUGGACUGGGCCGGAAUGAACUUACUUACUGCUCCUUUUGCUGGUGCUGUCUUGGCAUUUGGUUCAUACUUUGCUUGGUUACGAGUUUCCCAGGGAUUUCACACCAUCAGCCAAGUAGUCGUUGGUGCUGUGGCUGGAUCAGUAUUCUCUGGGCUGUGGUUUUGGCUGUGGGAUGCAAUUGUUCUUGAGGCAUUUAUCUCCAAUUUUUGGAUUAGAGUUCUUGUAGUAGUUGGAGGAGUUGGAUGCAUUUUGCGCUUUGCUUUAUUCGUCAUUCAAGACUGGAUUAUGGCUGAACAUUGACAUGUAUAUCCAGCUUAAACACUUUUAAAAUUGUAUUUUAUCCAUAGCCAAUAUAAAUGGAUGUAGUUUUAGUAUAAUUCUUUGGUGCGAUUCAAACUGGAUGGAUCAUGGGGUUGACUCUGUCAUAUCAGCUUCAAAAUUAUGAGUUGUUUGACAAAGGCUUCGGUGCCAUCUUUCAAUUGAUACUCUUUUCAGUUUGUAACUUGCAAAUAAAACAUCUGAGAUAUAUGAAAUUUUUUGAACAA